AUGGCGGCCGGGGAGAGCGGGAGCACGAGGAACGCCUCAGACAGGAUGGAACACAAGGGGACACAGGCCACAUUGGCGAGGGAUGAAACGGACACCACACAUCUUGACUCCAUAACCAGCAACCUAGCCACUAAGCAGGACUUACAAACCCUCUUACUGAACAUACAGAAACUACUGACAGCGGACACAGCUGCAAUUAAAAAGGACGUUCAGCAGUUCACAGACCGCGUCAGUGCCACAGAGAAUGACAUACAAGAUAUCCGCACAGAGAUAUCAACCAUGCAAAACACCCUAAGCAAACUUCAGACCCCUAACCAGGUACUUACCUCACAAAUUUCAGCGCUAGAAGACCGCCACAGGCCUAAUAAUGUCAAGAUUCCGGGGCCUACAAAGCACCGGCCUACAUUAGCUGGGACACACUUCUUGGAGGUGCAGUACUUACUAGAGCCGACGAGAUACCUCCACAACCCCCACAGAGUCCCACAGCAAACCCGGUGGACAUGA